GGAAACCAGGUGCGUUUUUACGAUGUGAGAUCUUGUUUGACUGACUGCGACGAUGGGUCGACGCACGCCAUGGGCCUCGAUCGGCGCGCUCCUUCUCGCAGUGCAUCUAGGCCAUAGCGCCAGCAACCACGUCUGCGACAACGAGCCGCAGCGCAGCUACCCGUUCUGCGACCCAACGCUGCCCCUCGAUGCGCGGGUUGACGACCUCGUGGCGCGCAUCCCGCUGCUCGAGAUACCCGGGCUCUUGGGCGACAACUCGACGGGGUCGCCCAGCGCUGGUCUGCCAUCGUAUUGCUGGUGGAGCGAAGGCUUGCACGGGGUGGCGCUCUCGCCGGCCGUGCGAUUUGCCGCACCCACGACGUCGGCCACGAGCUUCCCGAUGAUCAUCAGCGUCGCUGCGUCCUUCAACCGCACGCUAUGGCAUGCGAUGGGCAAUGUCAUUGCAACCGAGGCCAGAGCUUUUCACAGCGUCGACCAUGGCGGCUUGACGUACUGGGCGCCCAACAUGAACAUCUACCGCGAUCCGCGCUGGGGCCGCGGGCAAGAGACGCCCGGCGAAGACCCGUUCGUGUCGGCUGCGUACGCGACCGCGUUUGUCCGGGGCAUGCAAGGCACCGAGCGCUUCCUCAAGGUCUCGGCGUGUUGCAAGCACUUUAGCGCCUACAGCCAAGAGGUCGACCGGCACUCGCUCAGCGCCAAUGUCUCGGCCCAGGACGCGGCCGACACGUACUUUCCCGCGUUUGAAGCGUGCGUCCGCGACGGCGGCGCGAGCUCUGUCAUGUGCAGCUACAACGCCGUCAACGGCGUGCCGUCGUGCGCCGACAAGGGCCUCCUCACGCAUCUCUUGCGCGAGACGUGGGGGUUUGACGGGUACGUCGUGUCCGACUGCGGCGCUGUCGAAGACAUUUACGCGCACCACAAGUUUACCAACUCGACCGCGGCGACGUGCGACGCGACGCUGCGCGCAGGCAUGGACCUCAACUGCGGUGACUUUCUACAGACGCACCUGCCAUCGGCGUUGAACCAAGGUCUCGUGCGCCCCGAGACCGCCACGCGCGCACUCAAGCAGCUCUUGCGGGUGCAGUUUCGACUCGGCAUGUAUGAGCCGUCGCGCACGCGGCCGUACACUGACAUAACGAUCGACGACAUUGACACGCCGGCGCAUCGACAGCUUGCGUACGAAGCCGCCGCGCAAAGCGUUAUCUUGCUGCACAACACCAAGCUGCUGCCGCUGGAUGUUGACACGUAUACGCCCGGCCACCGGCUCGUGCUACUGGGCCCGCAUGUAAACGCAACUGACGCACUACUUGGCAGCUACGCAGGCAUACCGAGCUCGAUCGCGAGCCCGCUCGCCGGUGUCGAAGCGUUCGUGUCGCCAAUGUACGUGGAUGCGCAUGCGGCGUGCGCGGUUGAUGGCGGCGGCAUCGAUGCCGACGCGAUGGCGCUGGCCCAUGCAAAGGCGACGCGCCAGAUUGUGCUCUUUCUGGGUCUGAACCAGUCGCUCGAAGCCGAGGGCAUGGAUCGCACGCACCUCCGGCUGCCCGACGUCCAGCUCGCGCUCUUCCGCGCGGUGGUCGCUAUCGCAGCGUCGCCCAUCGUCGUUGUGCUGCUCACGGGCGGGGCCGUCGAUCUCUCGGAAAUCAAGCAGCAUCGCAACGUCGGCGCGAUCGUGUACGCUGGGUACCUUGGGCAAGCCGGCGGAUCCGCAAUCGCCGAUGUGCUGUUUGGUGCCGUCAACCCUUCGGGGCGCCUGCCCCAGACGCUGUACCCCGCGUCGUUUGUCGAUGAAAUUGCGAUCAGCGACAUGAACAUGCGUCCGACGGCCACGACACCCGGGCGCACGCACCGCUUCUACAACGGCGACGUCAUCUACGCUUUUGGUCAUGGCCUGUCGUACACGACGUUUCGGUACGAUGUCGGCAUCGCCAGCGAUGUGGUCGUGGCCGGCGACCCCUGGCGCGCUGCAAUUCACAUCACAAACGUCGGCGAGCUCAUUGGCGACGAGAAUCUCUUGUGCUUUGCGCUGCCGCCAGGCGCGGGUAUCGACAACAAGCCAAAGCAGUCGCUCGUUGCGUUCGACAAGGUUGCGUCGCUGGUGCCGGGCGACGAGUUUAUCUGGCACCUCGACCUCCCGCCGUCGACGUUUGCUCUGGCUACCAUGGACGGCAGCACCGAGAUCGUACCUGGCACGUGGACGAUCGCCGUGGGGUCGGUGCGCAUCGACGUGCAAGUGGUCGCACCCAUGGCCUUGGCGACGUCCAACGCGUAGUGUCGUGUGUCGUAUUGUCGAGCAGCUCGACACGUCGGUGGUUGUGGAGAUAGCAACGUUUGAAGUACGUGUAGUAUACGAAUGCUUUUGACAAAUCGGGCGGUGCGAGG